UUGACUGGCCGGACCAUUCUAAUCACAGGUACCACUUCUGGAAUUGGUACUGAAACAGCGAGAGCACUAGCUCUCAAAGGAGCGCAUGUCGUCAUGGCAAAUCGGAACAUUGUGCUGGCCGAAGCGCUAAAGAACAGGAUACUCGAGGAAAAGCCGGAUGCCAAAAUCGAUAUGAUCAUGUGCGAUUUGAGCUCGCUCCAAUCUGUCCAAGCUGCUGCACUGGAGUACAAAGAUCAGCACUGGCCCCUUCAUGCCCUCAUACUGAACGCUGGUGUAUUCUGGCCACAACAAAAGAUGACGAUAGAUGGGUUGGAGACGUCGUGGGGUGUAAACCACGUGGCUCAUCAAUAUCUUGUUCGUGAACUUCUGCCUCUUCUGAGACAAUGCAAUGCGAGAGUUGUUGUCGUCUCGUCGCAUUCGCACAACCACACCGGACUGAAACCGGAGAUGUCUACUGAAGAGAAGCUGGAAAAGCUCUGCCCAACUGAAAGCGAAAACGGCUACAAGCUUUAUGCAUAUUCGAAACUGUGCAAUGUUUUAAUGGCUAUGAAACUGCAUCGUGAUGAGCACAAACACGGCAUAUCGGUUUAUGUACUUCAUCCAGGGACAAUGAUCUGGAGAUAUUUGAUUGCACUUCAUUAG